UAUUUGUUUGUCUGUCUUCUGAAUACAGGCUAAGAUGAGGAAAAACAAAGGGAAAGCCAAUACAAUUGAAAAGGAGUUUGUGUUUGAGUUUAAGGCAGGAAAACAUCACUGUGUCCUCAAAGUACCAAUUCAGUUCCCACUCAAAGAAAAUGUCAGUGAUCUUCAUGGGCGGAUCAUGCUGCUUCAUAAAAUCCCCUGUUUUGUAGAAAAUGACUUGAAAAACAGACUUGUUAGUUUCAUAGAGAGGGAAAUGUUAGCGGAUUACGACCGAGAAGCAGAGGCAGCCCUGCAGAGACUCACUACUGGAGAGGUUGACGUCAACAAACUUACAAAUAUAUGGGCCAAGGCCUAUUCUGAGACUACACUGGAACAUGCCCGUCCUGAAGAAUCCAGCUGGGACGAGGAUUUUGCGAGUGUCUAUCAUGAACUGAUCCACUCUCCAGCCUCAGAGACCCUUCUCAACCUGGAACACAAUUACUUUGUCAGUGUCUCUGAGCUCAUCAGCGAGAGAGACAUGGAGCUCAAGAAACUUCAGGAGAGACAGGCUGUUGAGAUGAAUAAAGUCAUGCAGGAGCUGGGGAAGAGCUUGUGUGACCAGGAUGUGAAUACAGUGGCUGCCCAACACUUUGAUGCACAGCAAGUGCUAGAGAACAAGUGGGCCAGUGAGCUGAAGCAUGUCACAGGCAUCCAGAAACACGAGUACCAGGAAUGGGUGAUGAAGCUUCACCGGGACCUACAGAACCCCAACAACAGCACAAUAAACGAGGAGAUCAAGGUGCAGCCCGGUCAGCUGGGGGAGGCAGGGGAAGCGGGGGCUCGGCUCUUCGAGGAGCAGCGACAGCUGGAGGAGAGCUUCACCAUCCACUUAGGGGCUCAGCUGAAGACCAUGCACAAUCUCCGUCUGCUGCGAUCAGAUGUUCUGGACUUUUGUAAGCACCGUCGGCACAGCAGCAGUGGGGUGAAGUUACGGCGACUGCAAACUGCCCUCUCGCUCUACUCCACAUCGCUCUGCGGCCUGGUGCUGCUGGUCGACAACAGAGUCAACUCGUACAGUGGCAUCAAAAGAGACUUUGCAACAGUGUCUAAAGAGUGCACAGACUUCCACUUCUCCAGAGUGGAUGAGCAGCUGGACAUCAUCCAGCAGGUGGUGCUGUACGCACGAGCUCAGCGCAGCAGCAAGCAGAGAGAGCAGCCCGAGAUGACAAGAAAUGGGGGAAGUGAAGACAAAAAUAAGAUCAUAGAUAGGAAUUCCUCCAAUAUCCUCCCAGGUGAAUUCUACAUCUCUCGCCAUUCCAACCUGUCUGAGGUUCAUAUUGUCUUCCACCUCUGUGUGGAUGAUAACGUGCGUUCGGGGAACAUCACAGCCCGGGACCCGGCCAUCAUGGGCCUGAGGAACAUCUUGAAGGUCUGCUGCACCCAUGACAUCACCACCAUCACCAUCCCACUGCUGCUGGUGCAUGACAUGUCUGAGGAGAUGACCAUUCCCUGGUGUCUGAAACGAGCUGAGCUGGUCUUCAAGUGUGUGAAAGGUUUUAUGAUGGAAAUGGCCUCCUGGGAUGGAGGAAUCUCACGGACUGUUCAGUUCCUUGUUCCACAGAGUAUCUCAGACGAGAUGUUCUUCCAGCUGAGCAACAUGCUUCCUCAGAUCUUCAGAGUCUCCUCGACGCUUACGCUAACGUCAAAACGCUAAACACACACUACGCCUCAGCU